GGCCGUUGUGUAAGGUCAAUGGUCCGAGGGGAAGCUUGUCAGGCAUAAAUUGUAGAGGCAGAGAUAAUCAACCCUACCUUGCAACGAAGUUAAGUCUAGCUUUUUUUAACUACAAUGACUGUGGGUACCAACUGGUAAUGUCUGCCAGAAGGCAAAAAUAAAGCCAUAACUGAAUACGAAUUGUGUGAUCUGCCGGCCUUACAAUGUCUGAUUUGGAUUCCCUGGAGCCAGUAGUUGACAUUGAUGCAUAUGAGUUUACUGAUACUGAAAGACAACUCAUUUUAAAGGUUAUAGCAAGAGAUGAGGAUAUAAGAGUGCAAGAAAAAAGCCGCAUUGAACAUCUGAAAGAUGAACUCAGAGAUCUUCGUGAGAGAGGAGUACCAGAAGAUGAAGAAGAAGCUUAUGGACGUGUUUGUAAAAGAUGUCGUGUUCCAUUGGGUAUAGUUUUUGGCACAGGUGCAUUUUGUCCUAACUGUGAUAGAAAGGUGUGCAAAACAUGUCGUGUUAAUAUCGAAAAAUCAGAAGACACUCAUUCUUGGCUGUGUACUGUUUGCUCAAAAAUAAGGGACAUAAGAGCUGAAUCUGGUGCCUGGUUUUACGAUGGUGGAAAUAAAGGUGUUAAGAAAAAAAAAGUUUAUGGGAGUUUUUUGAUCAAGAAAAUGUUUUCAAAGACUCGAAAAAGAGAUACUGUGCUAUUUAAAGAUCCUACUUGGGAAGAUAUUAUAGAACAAGAUGAGCCACUCCCAGAAGAAGAUGAAAAAUACAUUAUGAUCAGUUCAGGAGCGUCUGGUGAAUACGUAACUGAAGAAGGUAACAAACUUAAUACAAAUUCAAGCAGGGCGGUAGUAGGGGUUAGUGGGGUGUCAUUUAAUUCACGUGAUGAAGUUAUCUCUCAACCAGAGACUGCAACCACAGAGCACAUUCCAUUAAAAUUGCUUGCUCAAGCACAAAACACUCCGGACAAUGAUUCAUGUAUUGAUUCGGACUCGAUGUCACCCAUCAGUGUUUCUGAUGACAACAAAAAUGCUGAAAAUGCUUUACCAACAGAUAUUAUUAUUGAUCAUGGUAUUCAUAGCCCUGGAAGUAAUUUUGCAUUAGAGUUGACCAGUUCUGAAAGUGAGCCUGAUUUUGACAGCAAAUCUGAUUAUGAAAAUAAACAUAAAAGUGCAGAUGAAGAAAUAACUUGCAACCUCAAAAAUAAUGAGAAAGAUACAAACAAAGAAUUACAAAUAGAUGAAGAUGAUAAUCAUUGGGAAAUCAAAGAACUGAAUGAAGAUGAUAACCCUGCAGAACAUAAGGAUACUUUUUCAUCAACAAAUGAAAGUGAUGCUUUAGAAGUAGAAGCACUUGAAAAUGAACUUCUCAAUUUUGCCGAGGAGAUGCCAGCAUCUCAUAUACCAACAAUACAACAUUGUGAUAGUGAUGAAGACAUAUAUGGUAAGGUAUUGAAACCGAAACUGAAGCCGAAAUCCAUAAUUGAAGUUGAAAAGGAAGACAUUGUUUCGCAAAAAUUUAAUUUUACAUCCAUGCAGAAAGCAACGGAGAAGCCAAAAGAUACUCAUGUUCCCCACAAUGAUUUGGACCUUCGAGAAUUUCAUAAGUUAUUUGUACGAAAGAGUAAUCUGAAGCUUCAGAAAGUUAGAACAGAUGAACACAGUGAUGAUGAUGACUUGCGUUCCUAUUCUUCUUCCUCCUCCUCUUCCUUGUUGGACAGUGAAAGCAACUUUGUUGUUCCUCAAGCUGCAGCAUUACAGAAAAAUUCAUCAGAUGAAGAAUUUACAAAAUUGAAUGAAGAACUAACUUGCAACUUUAAAAAGGAAGAAAUAUAUAUGGAUGAAGAAUUAAUGCUAAAUAAGGACGAUUAUAAAAGCAAAUCAAAUUCAGUUACAAAAAUAGAAGAAGGCUCUUCCAAAACACUGAUGUUCUCAAACAUGUCAAAGCUUGAUUCUCUUUCACCUGUAGUAAAAAAUGAUGAUAAUUAUCAAGAUAAUUCUGAUGAUUUUAAAUUAUUUGCUGAAAGUAUAUCAUUACCAAAGAAAAAGAAAUUUCAAAAAGCAAAAACAGACGAACAUAGUGACAAAGAGGAGAGUCUAGAGAGCAGUGACAAAGAAAUUGAUGCAUAUGUUCCAUUAUCAGAUGACAGAGUUGCCGAGUCUGAUACUGAGGAAAAUUUGAUGAAAGACUUUUCUCAGUUUGUCAAUGAAAUACAAUCUCCAGCGACUGGAAUUCAAAGUGUUGAUGUCAAUGAAGAUGUCCAAGAAAAAGUAUUUAGACAAAAGGAAGAAUUACCUAAGAUGAAAAAGGAAGACACAAUUUCACAAAAAUUUAAUUUUACGUCAAUGCAGAAAAGAACAGAGAAGCCAAAAGAGGUUCAAGUUGUUUGCAAUGACUUGGACCUCAGAGAAUUUCAUAAGUUAUUUGUGCGAAAGAAGAAUCUAAAACUUCAGAAAGUUAAAACAGAUGAACAAAGUGAGGAUGAGGAUUUGCAUUCAUCGUCAUCAUCUUUAUCCUCCUCAGACAGCGAAAGCAGCUUUGUGGUUCCUCAAGUUGCAUCCCAAAGAAGGAAUUCAUCGGAUGAAGAAUUUACAAAAUUGAAUGAAGAACUAACUUGCAACUUUAAAAAGGAAGAAAUAUAUAUGGAUGAAGAAUUGGUGCUAAAUAAGGACGAUUAUAAAAGCAAAUCAAAUUCAGUUACAAAAAUAGAAGAAGAUUCUUCCAUAAAACUGAUGUUGUCAAACAUGUCAAAGCUUGAUUCUCUUUCACCUGUAGUAAAAAAUGAUGAUAAUUAUCAAGAUAAUUCUGAUGAUUUUAAAUUAUUUGCUGAAAGUAUAUCAUUGCCAAAGAAAAAGAAAUUUCAAAAAGCAAAAACAGAAGAACAUAGUGACAAAGAGGAGAGUUCAGAUGGCAGUGACAAUGAAGAAAUUGGUGCACAUGUCUCUUUAGACCAACUCAAAGAAACUCGAACCGACCACUUCUCGCGGGAACAAAAUGAUGAAGAAAACAUGGAUGCUAUUUUUGAAGAAUUUAAGCAAAAAGAAACAGAAGAUGAUGUGGAUAGUAUUGGUGAAAUAAGUGAUGACGAUGAUGAUGAUGACGUCAUUCACCCAUUUGUCAGCGUAGCAGGGGAAAUUCUUCUUGGGUUGAAAUAUAACUAUCAUGAAUCGAUAUUUGAAGUGCAAGUUCACAAAGCCAAAGACCUCAUAGCAGCUGACCAAAGAAAAAAUACUACUGACCCAUAUGUUAAAGUUUAUCUUCUCCCUGACUCUAAAAGAGGUGGCAAAAGAAAAACAAAAGCGAAACGUCAUUCGUUAAAUCCAGAUUUUGACGAAGUUCUGGAGUUUAAAGUCCCAUUUGAAGAGCUGGUGACACGUACGUGUUCCAUCAGUGUAUGGCACAAUGAUUCAUUUGAUAAAAAUCUUCAUCUCGGCGAAGUUAAUCUGAACAUACAAGAAUACAUUAAUUCUGGUUUCUCAUUGGAAGAACCUUCACCUCAGUGGUAUACUCUCUGUGCUAAGAAAGUCAACGAAAAGGAAGUCGUAUUUGUUGGACAUAUUGUCAUGCUUUUAAAUUAUAAAGCUCCUGGCAGCCAGGUCGCCAGCACAAAGAAAGAACAGAAGAAAUUACCAAACCCUACUAAGGGAUCACUAAUGGUAACCAUUCUAGAUGCGCACAACUUACCUUCUGUUUAUGGUGACGAUGGUUCAAAUCCAUUCUGCAAAGUAAACUUGUUAUCAGACACUUCAAAGUUCCCUAAAUUUAAGACACCUGUCGUUAAAGGAACAACUGACCCGCAUUGGGAUUAUAGCUUUGAAUUUCCCAAUGUUUCGUGGACAGAAUUAAAAGAUUGUGUGCUGCAGGUCGCAAUAUACGACUACGAAAGAGGGAGUGCUAAUGUUCUUCUCGCUGGAACACGAAUAGGACUUGGUAAACUUAAAGGCAUUCAACAUGAUUCAUUCGGAGAAGAAAUAAAUGUCUGGCAGUCGGUGUUGGACAAUCCUAAUGAUAGUACACAAUACACAAUCCCGUUGAGAUCGACAUUGGAUAGCGUCAAAGCGAAAGAGCGAUAUGCACCUGCAGUACCUGUCAAGAUCAUAACAGAUGAGCAGCAUGAUGAUAUCAAAAAGAAAACAAUGAAAGAUAAUCAAUCUUUUACGAAACGAUUACUCGCUGCUGAUACAAUGAGUUUGGCAAGCAGCGGUAGUGUGCUUAGUAUAUACAGUAUGGCUGGUGGUGAACAUGGUAAUAUCGUCAUCUCUGGUGAAAUUUUAUUCUCCAUCAAACAUGAUGUAUCGUCUGGAAUAUUUUCUGUGACGAUAGUGAAAGCUAAAGGAUUGGCACCUGUCAAUACAAAACAAUUGACUUCUGACCCUUAUGUGAAAGUCUACAUGCUUCCUGAUAAAACAAAAACAACGAAAAAGAAGACAACUUUCAGAAGAAAAACAUUGAAUCCUCAAUGGAACGAGACAAUUAAGUAUAAAUUUAAUCGUGAAGAAUUGUUAAAAAAGACACUCCAGGUCACAGCGUGGAAUCAUGAUAGAUUUGGACGGAAUGAUUUCCUUGGGGAGGUGCAAGUUAACAUGAAACACUAUGCGAGUAAAAAUAACCUGGACAAAGAAGAAUCCGUGUGGUACACACUGCAAGAAGCGGCUCCUGUAAGUGUUGGUGGUUCGUAUGACAACAAAGGAGAACUUGUAAUCUCAAUUAAAUUUGAACACGAUGUUUUGUCUGUUCAAGUGAAGGAAGCUCAUGGCUUGACGACAGUUGAUCCUGAAAAUCUACCAAGUCCAUUUGUUAAAUGCUACUUAUUACCUGAUAAGUCAAGAAAAUCGAAACGCAAAACAACUGUUCAAAAGAAAACAAUUCAACCCGUGUGGAAUGAGAAAUUCGAUUAUAAGAACGUGCAGGUUUCUGAUCUGCAAACACGUGUUCUAGAAGUCACAGUCUGGGACUACCAUUCUUCUGGGCAUCAGUUCUUGGGUGGUUUGCGUCUGGGCUUAUCACAAGGAGACGAGUACUGGCAUGAUUGUUUCAACAAAGAAGUGAAUAUUUGGGAAGCCAUGAUAAAACAUCUUGGUAUUUUUGCAGAAUAUGUAAUUCCGUUAAGAGCCACCAUGACCUCCAGAAAAGGGCAAGAACCAGUGGAUAUACCCAUGAUUACAAAAACAAUCGAAGAGAAGGCUGAAGAUCAAGAUGCUUUGUAUUCUGCUGGAGUUCCAUGCAUGCGGGUGGCGUUGCAAUAUGUGGAAUACAGUAGCUUAACUGAAGACGAGUUAAAAAAGAAGAAAGGAAGUCAUGGAGAACUGAAAAUUCAUUUGAAAGAAGGAAGACAUUUAUAUUUGAAAGCAGACGGUGAUUUACCGAGUUCCUUUUGUAAAAUGUAUUUACAGCCAAAGAAAAAGCAUAGUAAAGUAAAAACAGAAACAUACAUCAAAAGUACUCAUCCGGCUUGGGAUGUAGAGAAAUCUUUUGAAGGUAUCGCUUUAGACGAGUUGCGAACUAGAGUGCUGGAGAUUGAAGUAAGAGAUGAGAUAAACGAGAAAAAAAGUGACUUGAUUGGUUUAGUCAGACUCGGCUCAGGUGGACACCUUGAAGCUUGGGAUGACAGUAAAGGAGAGGAAGUGGAGUUGUGGAAUUCCAUGUUAAAUAACCCAAAUCACUGGCAGUCACUAAUGAUACCAAUCCGCAAGGUGGACACACCUUUAGUUAAGAUUGAAAGCAUUCCCGAGAAAGAAAAGAAAGAACCAGUAAAAGAAGAGAAAAAGAAACCGGUUGAAAAAGAUGCUGAAGAUUCUGACGAAGAGACUUUUUCAAACACGAACGAAAACGAUGGUAGCGAAUCGCCGCGUACUUCUGCGUUACGUGCAAUGGGUGUCCACGCCGCUGGUGUGGUUGACAUGAUGCAAAACAGAGAUGCUGAACAACAACCUGAAUACAGUCCCCCACAAGAAUCAUUAAGUCCAAUAUCGGAAGAAAACGAACUUGACUCUAGUGGUUCUCAGAAGAUGUCGUAUGAACCAUCAGUGAAUAGCAUGAAUGAGCAGAAUGUUCCCAACAUCAUGAUAACGAGUAGUGAUGUCAAGUACAAUGAUCCUGUUUUGGCUGCCGAAAAUGAUGACGAGUUUGAAGAUGAUUAUCCCAUUAAAAAGAAACAACCUCCAUCCAUAUCUUUUCUGAAGAGAUCGACAAGUCGAGAGAGUUUGACGAGUAUCUACAGUACGGAUAGUGCGAAUAUUUACGGACAGGUUCCUGUGCGAGGUGACGUACAAUUUGGUAUGAAAUACAAUGCUUCUCAUAACACAUUCGAAGUACAUGUAUUUCAGGCGAAGGACAUUGCAGCUAUCGAUACGAAGAAACAACAGUCAGAUCCGUACUGCAAGGUAUACCUGCUUCCAGAUAAAACAAAACACGGUAAGAAGAAAACUAAAACGCGAAAGAAAACUUUGAAUCCUGAAUGGGAGGAGAUUUUAGAGUAUAAGAUAUCGCGACGCGACCUUCGUACGCGUACAUUGUGGUUAGCCUUGUGGCAUUUGGAAAGAUUUGGCCGAAACAUAUUCCUUGGUGAAGUCAUGCUCAACAUGGAUAGUAUUGUAGAUGAUCCCGCCCAGCUUGAAUCUCCUACACCACAGUGGUAUACACUGUGUGAAAAGGGUAGUCCACCAAUGACGGAACUGUACAAAGGUGAACUACUUAUCAGUUUAAUGUUUGAAGAUCCCUCGGUGUACUCGAUAAAGAAGACAGCUAUAGACCAUGAAGAUUCAUCUGGAAAGAAGAAGAAGAAAAAGAAGAAGGAGAAAUCCUCUUCAUUAGCAAAAAUACAUUUGCAUAUUAAAGAAGCAAGAGAUUUGCCAUCAUCUGAUAAAGAUGGAUUGUCAGACCCUUUCUGUAAAUGUUAUUUGCUACCACUGAAAAGUAACAAAACCAAAAGAAAAUCGCCGGUCAUCAAAUCAACACUAAAUCCCGUGUGGGAUUUUAAAACAGAGUAUGAGACUGAUUAUGAAGACCUAGCCGAUAGUGGGAUCGAAUUUACGGUAUGGGACUGGGACCGCGGCUCAUCAAAUGAUUUUCUGGGCUGUGCUCGUCUUAGUUUGGGCUUGCGCAGUGGUAAUUGGGACGACGCUGAAGGAAAAGAAAUCACUGCUUGGCAGCAUCUUAUAGACAAUCCGAACAAAUGGGCCGAAUUUGUAAUACCAUUAAGAUCGAAAUCGGAUACCCGUCCGAAAAAAAUUUAGGCUAUUUUCUAAUUAAUUUGUUAAUUUGUGAAUUGAAAAGUUAGAAAAAAAUGUUGAAAGUGAAUUACAUUAAGUCGGUCUGAGACUGGGUACGAGUUAAAACGACCACAAGAUUAAUUGCAAACAUACCGUUUACGUUUCAUGUUCAGUUAUAUUUAGUUUUGAUUUGGGAAGGUUUGUGUUUUUAGGCUAAAGGCCAGUAUCUUUGCUUUUGUACUGGAUACUUAGGCUGUUGUGAAACUAAUUAUUUAACUUAUAAAUUUUCUGUUGUAUAUUAUUUAAGCAUUUUGAUAAACAUAUAAAUUUGUAAUGAUCAUUGGGAAGGGAUUAUUCUUAAAACAAAAUUUUUCUACACAGAAUUUAAUGUUCUACAGUUAAUGUUUGCUAAUACCACGAAAAUUACUAUUUUUUACAUUUUGGACGUUCUUUUGUAUUCAAUUUGUAAAAUCGACACAAGCACAAGUAUUUUUUUUGAAUAAAUAACUUGAAUCA